CAGGAAGAAUGGCACUAGCUGUGGCCCGGCUCCUGUUCCUCCAGCUUGUUCUAGGACCAACUCUGGUCAUGGACAUGAGGCUGCAGAUGAUCAUCAAGAACUUCCGCGACUUACAUAUUGACUAUCCCAGGGUUAACUAUCCAGUGGGUUUCCAGGGCUACUGUAAUGGUCUGAUGGCCUAUGUGCGGGGCAAAGAACAAAAACUGUAUUGUCCAAACACCCAUUACGUGAUCCACGCCCCCUGGACAGCCAUCCGGAAGUGUUGCAAAUACUCUGAGAGCUUCUGUGAUAAUUACCAUGAAUAUUGUACAAUCACCCAGGAUACCUUUCCCCUCACAGUCUGCUCUCUGGUCACCAAACAGGCGCCCGCCAGCUGCCGCUACAAUGGCACCCUAACCAACCAAAGGCUCUAUCUGCUCUGUUCCCAAAAGUAUGAUGCUGAUCCGAUAGGUAUCCUUGGCUUCUACUAG